UUCAUAGUGGUAGAUAGAGUGUAAGUGUAGAUGUAGAUCAGGACCGCAGCUAUCGUAGUACACAAACACUACCGACUGGCAAACGAAUGAUAGCACUAUUGACACCGGGGUACUUCCACCGAUAACCCUCACUGGCAACGACUUGGACUUUGGAAAGGGAAGUCGAGGGGCCACAUAGCGAAAACAACUUGCAGGGAAAUCGCAUCAGCUGUUCUGUGAAAUCUGGGAAGGAGGAAACAUCUUCGGCUUUUUACCUGAGGAUCACUGGUAUCUACACAUUUACGUGUAACUGCCAAAGGAGGAGUUUCAAUAUGUCACUGAAAGUUUACUAUGAUCUGAUUUCACAGCCAUCAAGAGCACUUCUCUUGUAUUUGUUGACAAAUGACAUUCCUUUUGAGGCACGAGAGGUGAGACUCCUCCAAGGUGAGCAAUUUGGUGAAGAAUUUUCAAAACUGAAUCCUAUGAAAAAGGUUCCUAUGAUCAUAGAUGGAGAUUUCACAUUGACUGAAAGUGUAGGAAUUUUAAGAUACUUGAGCCGAGAGAGAAAUGUUCCUGACCAUUGGUAUCCUGCUGACAGCAAAAGACAGGCAAGAGUUGAUGAAUAUCUAGAGUGGCAACAUACAAAUACAAGGAGGAGCUGUUCACUGUAUUUCACUAGCAAGUUUCUGUUUCCAGCAAUGAAAGGAAAACAGCCUAAUCCUGAAACAGUUGCUAGACGAGAACAAAUAAUGGCAGCAACAUUAAAUGAAGUGGAAAAUAUCUGGUUGAACAACAAACCAUAUCUGGCUGGAGAUGAAAUCAGUAUUGCUGAUCUCCUUGGGGCAUGUGAGAUUGAACAAAUUAGAAUGGCAGGCUACAAUCCCUGUGAUGGAUUUCCAAAACUCUCUGCUUGGUUAGAGCGAGUUCAUCAUGACACACUACCGCAUUAUGACAAAGUUCAUGCGAUGGUUAGAAAAAUAACAGAGAAGUAUGGAGGUGUACCACAUCCUUCAGUCACAAAUCUGUGUUACUGAACAACAAAUGCAGAUAUUGGAAAGGCUUGGUACAUGGAUUUGUAUUUAUCUUUAAAUUGAACAGCCUUUCUUUUGUUGAGUGCUGUACAUAACAACGUACAAUUUAAAAUGUUAAAAUAUUAUAUGCAGAGGCUUAUUGUAAAGCCACAUGAAAAAUAAUUAGUGUCUCAUUGUAACGUUACUUCAACAUGUAUAGCGUUUUUUAUAAGAAUAUGUGCUUCAUUCCAUAGGUGCCAUCACCCAGUGAGUUUUCAAGAUACACAAACAGAAAAUAUACUCAGCUGAAGCAAAAACAAAA